AUGGGUCGCGAAGGCGGGUACGUAGUGCCGGCGGAUCCACAGGCGGGUCAGGGUGGGUUAAAGAAGAAGGGUGCCGCGUCGAGAAGUUGGAUUCUGAUGGAUUGCACCGGUGAAGAGACACCCUUGGACGUAGACAAGUAUGAGAUCAUGCAUCGAGUUCAAAUUCACGCUCGUGAUCUUCGCAUUAUCGAUCCCUUAUUGUCGUACCCUUCAACGAUUCUGGGUCGUGAAAAGGCCAUUGUUCUCAAUUUGGAGCAUAUCAAGGCUAUCAUUACUGCUGAAGAGGUGUUGCUUCGAGACCCAUUGGAUGAUAACGUUGCCCCUGUUGUUGAGGAACUUCGAAGGCGAUUGCCCCCAAUAAAUCCUAAUCGUGAAGCCCAAGGAGAUGGAAAAGAGUUGGGAACACAGCAUGAUGUCGACACGGGUGAAGAGGAUGAAUCUCCAUUUGAAUUUCGGGCUCUGGAGGUUGCUUUGGAAGCCAUUUGUAGUUUUCUUUCUGCCCGCACGACUGAACUGGAGACUGCUGCUUACCCAGCUUUGGAUGCGCUUACCUCUAAGGUGCACAGUUACAUAUAG